AUGGGUGGUGGUGCCGCGAGGAGGGUUCUCGAGGCGUGGAGGCUCGGGGUGGUCAAGUACGGCGACGCCCUCAGGCUCCAGGAGAGGCUCGUCGCCGACCGGAGAGCCGGCCGGGUCCCGGACCUCGUGCUCUCGCUGCAGCAUCCGCCUACCUACACCCUCGGCAAGCGGCGCACCGACCACAACCUGCUCGUGCCGGAGUCAAGCCUCGCGGGCCUCGGCGCCGAGCUCUACCGCACGGAGCGGGGCGGCGACGUCACCUUCCACGGCCCGCGCCAGGCCGUCCUCUACCCCAUCCUCUCGCUCCGGGACAUUGGGCUGGGCGCGCGGAGGUAUGUCGAGGGGCUCGAGUCCGCCAUGAUCGAGGUGGCCUCUCUGUACGGCGUCAAGGCGCGGCCGGGGGGCGCCUGCGAGACCGGCGUGUGGGUCGGGGACAGGAAGAUUGGGGCCAUCGGGGUCAGGAUCUCGUCAGGGUUUACCUGCCAUGGCCUGGCCUUCAACAUCGACCCUGAUUUGGGGUACUUCAAGCACAUCGUGCCCUGCGGCAUUGCUGACAAGGAGGUCACGUCGCUGCGGCGGGAGGCGGCAGUGGAACUCCCUCCUGACGAGGUGAUCCAUGAGCAGCUCGUGCAGAGCUUGGCGACAACCUUCCGUUUCAGUGAUGUUAAAGUCAAGGAUGAUUCAGAGUGUGCAGACAUGAUUAGCUCAGCUGCAACUGGGCAACACUGAUAUGUAUUUUGCUCUUUGUACUUUUGUAUACUGGGAUUUUGCCUCAACACCUUGUUAUAAACUUUUGGGUUUCAAAAUUUUCCUCUGAUAA